GACAGCUGAAAGCUAGCCAGAAGACUCGUUGCACGAGAUGGAGAAUAACAGCAAAAGUAGCAAGGAUGUCCUGAUGAUAGAGGCACCCCCGGGUUACACAGCCUCCCCCCGGCUCCCCGGACUACCUUGCAAGAAGCUCUUGAUCGUGGUGGUGGUGGUGGUGGUGAUCGUUUUGGUUGUCCUGGCUUUUGGGCUGAUGGGCCUGCGUAUCACGGAGAAGCACACAGAGACAGUCCUGCAAAUGACCAUCCAAGGCCUGGAUGGGGAGGGCUCCCCACAGCAUCUUUCCAUGAGCAGGAAGGAGAGACUGGCCACCUUCCAUGUCAGCAGGGUCAACUCUUCGGCCACCGUGGUGUAUGACUACAGCAACCUCCUGAUUGGCUACAGAUCUUGGCCGGGACAGUCCUGCUACAUCACCAGAAUGAAGAAGGAAAACAUCCAGAGCCUGGAUGCUGCUGUCAAGGUGUUCCAGAACAUCCAGCCCAGACCUCCAGCGUCAUUCCUCAAAGAGAAUGAGGAGGGAACAGAAGGGCUCCCGGCGCCGCUCGCUGACCGUUCUAUCCUGGGUACCACCAUCAACAUCCUCUGUAGCAGCGUCCCCAUCUACUGGGCUUAGAGGAGGAGAGAUGGGUGAGAGAAAUGAAGACCAAAGACCCAACAGAACAUGCACACCAGCAACGAAAGUCAAACUUCCUGCAACAGGAAUGCUAUGCAAGAGAGAUCCCUGAAAAUGGCCCUGUGGCCCUCAGCCUUUAAGUAGAGAUCAUAGAACUGCAGAAUUGGAAGGGACCCAAAGUCUCAUGGAGUCCAACCCCCUGAAAUGCAGGAAUCACAACAGAUG